CGCUUCCGGCGGGCGCAGGCCGGGAUGGAGGCCGUGCCCCGCAUGCCCAUGAUCUGGCUCGACCUCAAGGAAGCCGGGGAGUUCGCCUUCAACGCCGCCGUCAAGAAGUUUGUCCUGAAGAACUAUGGGGAGAACCCAGAGAACUACAACGAGGAGCUGCGGAAGCUGGAGCUGCUCCGGCAGAACGCUGUCAACGUGCCCAGAGACUUCGAGGGCUGCAGCACGCUGCGCAAGUACUUCGGCCAGCUGCACUACCUGCAGAGCCGCAUCCCCAUGGGCGCCGAGCAGGAGGCAGCCGUCCCCAUCACGUGGACCGAGAUCUUCUCAGGCAAGACGGUGACACACGAGGACAUCAAGUACGAGCAGGCAUGCAUCCUCUACAACCUGGGUGCACUGCACUCCAUGCUGGGUGCCAUGGACAAGAGAGUGUCUGAGGAGGGCAUGAAGGUUUCCUGCACCCAUUUCCAGUGUGCUGCUGGGGCCUUUACCUACCUGAGGGACCACUUCCCCCAUUCCUACAGCGUGGACAUGAGCCACCAGAUCCUCAACCUCAACAUCAACCUCAUGCUGGGCCAGGCACAGGAGUGUCUCCUGGAGAAGUCCAUGCUGGACAACAGGAAGAGUUUCCUCGUGGCUCGGAUCAGUGCCCAGGUGGUGGAUUACUACAAAGAGGCCUGCAGGGCACUGGAGAACUCAGAGACAGCCUCUCUGCUGGGGAAGAUCCAGAAGGACUGGAAGAAGCUGGUUCAGAUGAAAAUCUAUUACUUUGCUGCUGUGGCCCAUCUGCACAUGGGAAAGCAGGCUGAGGAGCAGCAGAAGUUUGGGGAAAGGGUCAUCUACUUCCAGAGUGCUCUGGAUAAACUCAACGAAGCCAUCAAGCUGGCGAAGGGCCAGCCAGAAACUGUGCAGGAGGCCCUGAGGUUCACCAUGGAUGUGAUUGGUGGCAAGUACAACUCAGCCAAAAAGGACAAUGACUUCAUCUACCACGAAGCUGUGCCUGCACUGGACACCCUCCAGUCUGUGAAAGGUGCCCCCCUGGUGAAAGCCCUCCCUGUCAACCCCACGGAUCCAGCCGUCACGGGCCCCGAUAUCUUUGCCAAGCUGGUGCCCAUGGCUGCCCACGAGGCCUCUUCCCUCUACAGUGAGGAGAAGGCCAAGCUGCUGAGAGACGUGAUGGCCAAGAUCGAAGCCAAGAACGAAGUGCUGGACCAGUUCAUGGACUCGAUGCAGCUGGACCCUGAGAGCGUGGACAACCUGGAGAUGUACAGCCACAUCCCGCCCGUGCUGAUGGAGAAGUGCGCGGCGCUCAGCGUGCGCCCCGACACCGUCCGGAACCUGGUGCAGUCCAUGCAGGUGCUCUCCGGGGUCUUCACCGACGUGGAGGCUUCGCUGAAGGAGAUCCGAGACCUGCUGGAGGAGGACGAGGCUCAGGAGCGCAAGCUGCAGGAGCUGCUGGGGAAGGCGCCUCCAGCCCAGGGUUCCCCUCCCCAGCCCAGCCCGGGGCUGGCCGAGGUCAGCAAGGAGUGCUCCAAGUACGUGGAGGUGCACGAGAAGGCGAGUUACACCAACACGGAGCUGCACAAGGCCAUGAACCUGCACAUCGGCAACCUGCGCCUGCUGAGCGGGCCCCUGGAGCACGUCCGCGCCGCGCUGCCCGCGCCCGCCCUCACCGAAGAUGACAAGCAGGUACUGCAGAACCUGAAGCGGAUCCUGGCCAAAGUGCAGGAGAUGAGGGACCAGAGGACGUCUCUGGAGCAGCAGCUGCGGGAGAUGAUCCAGAAGGAUGAUAUCACCACGUCCCUGGUCACCACCGACCGCUCCGAGAUGAAGAAGCUCUUUGAGGAGCAGCUGAAGAAGUACGACCAGAUCAAGGUGUACCUGGAGCAGAACCUGGCUGCCCAGGAGAACGUCCUGAAGGCCCUGACGGACGCCAACGUCAAGUACGCGGCUGUGCGCAAGGGCCUGGCCGAGGUGGAGCACAAGUGGAACACCACUGUCCAGACCUUGGUGGCCUCCUACGAAGCCUACGAGGACCUGAUGAAGAAGUCGCAGGAGGGGAAGGACUUUUACACGGACCUGGAGGGAAAGGCCUCCAAGCUGCUGGAGAAGGCCCGGGCCGCCUGCCGAGCCGCCGAGGCCAACAGGCAGCAGAUCCUGGAGAAGGAGAUGAAGAAGCAGCCGCCGCCGCGACCCACCGCCCCCAAACCCGCGCUGCCCCGGCAGGCGCCGGAGCCGGGGCCCGGGGAGGCCGGGGCGGAGCUGGAGCUGCCCGAGGAGCUGCGCGGCCUCCCGCCGGCCGUGCUGGCCGCGCUGCUGCCGCCGGCCCCGCGGCCCGCCGAGCCCUUGGCGCCCGGCGCCGCCCGCUUCACGCCGCCCGCCGCGCAGUACCGGCUGCCGGGAGCGCCGCUGCAGCCCUCGGCACCAGCCCCGCUGUUCCCCGCGGCCGCGCUGCUGCGGGCGCCGCUGCCACCGGCCUACGCAGCCCCGCUGGGGCCCCCGACGGGCUCCUCGCCGCGGCACGCCGCCCCAUCCCACCCCGCUGCCGCCUUCCCCGCCGCGCUCGGCCCGCACGGCCCGCACACGGGCGCCGAGGCGGCCGCGGGGCCCCGGCUGGCCACCAGCACGGUGGACAGCGUGCAGGCGCCCAUCGCCAGCUGCGCCCCCGGCCCCCUCCUGCCGCUCGGCCCCUUCCCCUACGCGCCGGCGGGGCUGCGGCCCUUCGGGCAGCCGGCUCCGCGCCCCUUCCCGGCCGGGCAGCCCCCGGCCGCCUUCGCCCCCGCGCCGCAGCUGCAGCCCGGCGGGGAGGGGCCGGCCCGGGCGCAGGGCCCGCAGCAGUUCCCCCCGGCCCCCUUCCUGCCUCCGGCGGGGGCUCCGGUCCCGCUGCCCUUCCAGCCCCCCGCUCGGCCCCCGCCGCCCCCCCAGGCCCGCUUCGCCCAGCAGCCCUUCGCCGGGCAGCCCCCCCUGCCCCCGCAGCUCUACCAGCUCCCGGGGCAGGACAAGGUGCCCCCCCAGGGGCUCGCUCAUCCCCCCCCGGGGGCCCUGCCCUUCCCCCAGCCCCCCGGGCAGCCCGGCGUCCCCCCGCAGCCCCUGCACGCCGCCCUGGGGGGGCUGCAGCCCGUGCCCGCCAGCUCCCCCGCGCUGCCCUUCUGCCCCAGCCCUGCCCCUGCGCCCAGCCGCCUGCCCCCGGGCCCCCCCCCAGCCGCCGCCCCCGGCCCCCCGCACGUCCCCCCGGCUCCCAGCCCGGGGCUGACCCGGCUGCAGGGCGCGGGAGGGGCCGCCCAGGGCCCCCUCGUCCCGUCCCCGGCGCCCUCCCCGCAGCCGGCGCCGCCGCAGCGGCCGCCGGGCCCCAGCGAUGGCGCGUUCCCGCGGCAGAGCUCCUGCACCGACGACCUGCUGUCGUCCAGCCCCGAGAGCCAGCACGGCGGCUCGCAGGCGGCCGUGGGGCAGCCGCCGCUGCAGCCCACCAAGGCGGACGCCAAGGAGGGGCAGAGGCCCAAGGCCGUGCAGCUGAUCGAGAGCGACCCGUACGAGAAGCCGGAGCGCGUGGCGCGGCUGCGCUCGGAGCUGGAGCGGUUCCGGGCGCUGGCCGACGGGCUGGAGCGAGCGGCGCCGGGCGGCAGCUCCCGCCUCGACCUGCUCUGGAAGGAGCUGCAGGACGCGCAGGAGCGGGACGCGCGGCAGCUCUCCAUCGCCAUCGCCCGCUGCUACUCCAUGAAGAACCGGCACCAGGACAUCAUGCCGUACGACAGGAACCGCGUGGUGCUGCGCUCGGGCAAGGACGAUUACAUCAACGCCAGCCGCGUGGAGGACCUGUCGCCCUACUGCCCCACCGUCAUCGCCACGCAGGCCCCGCUCCUCGGCACCGCCGCCGACUUCUGGCUCAUGAUCUACGAGCAGAAGGUGUCGGUCGUCGUCAUGCUGGUGUCGGAGCAGGAGCUGGACAAGAAGGUGCUGCGGUACUUCCCGGCGGAGCGGGGCCAGCCCCUGGCGCACGGAGCCGUCACCCUGGCGCUCACCAGCCUCAAGGUCACCCCCACCCACGUCGAGAGGAUGAUCACGCUGCAGUACCGCGACCAGAGCCUCAAGCGCACCGUCGUCCACCUCCAGUUCACCUCCUGGCCGGAGCUGGGCCUGCCUGACAGCAAGGGGAGCCUCCUGCGCUUCAUCCAGGAGGUGCACAGCCACUACCUGCACCAGCGCCCGCUGCACACCCCCAUCGUCGUGCACUGCAGCUCAGGGGUGGGCCGGACCGGGGCCUUCUGCCUGCUCUACGCCGCCAUGCAGGAGGUGGAGGCGGGCAACGGCAUCCCUGACCUGGGGCUGCUGGUGCAGCGGCUGCGGCAGCAGCGCAAGCACAUGCUGCAGGAGAAGCUGCACCUCAAGUUCUGCUUCGAGGCUGUCCUGCUGCACGUGGAGCAGGUUCUGCACCGCCACGGCGUGGGAGCCCCCGCCGCCCCCAAGGCCCCCAACAGCGCCUCCCCCAAGCUCUACUUCCCCCAGGACCCGCAGGACCUGGUGCUGGGGGGGGACGUGCCCAUCAGCUCCAUCCAGGCCACCAUCGCCAAGCUCAGCGUCAAGCCCGGGGGGGCCGUGGGGGAGCCCGGGGGGCUCUGCGGGCCCGAUCCCGCCCCCUGCCCCGAGCCCACGCUGCCCGAGGCGCUGCCGGCGCUUCCCGACGGGGCCGUGGAUGGGCCGGGGGUCCCCGAGCCCCCCGCCCCGGGGCCGCCCCCCCCGGAGCCGCCCAGCGCCGAGCCCCCCGCCGCGCCCCCCGCCGUCCUGCUCCUCGCUGGAGCUGCUGGCGUCGCUCACGCCCGAGGCCUUCUCGCUGGACGCCUCGCUCAGGGGCAAGCAGCGCAUGAGCAAGCAGAGCUUCCUGCAGGCGGGAGAGGGGCUGCGGGGGCCACGGCCCAGCGACGACCCCCUCAGCAUGCUCGACCCCCUCUGGACCCUCAACAAGACCUGAGGGGGGGCUGGUGGGGAUGUGCUGAGCCCCCUCCCCGCCCCUUCCAGCACUACAGCCCUGCUCCCGCCGGGCGCCCCUCGGCGUCGGGGACCACCCCGCUCCCUGUACAGGUGCGACGCGGCUGCGCCCGCGCUCCCGCUCCCCCACAACUGACUUUUUCAGCUCUUUGCUACUAAAAUAAAGCGAGUUUGCUCUGC